CUGGUCCGCCGCAAUUCAGCCUACUCCAAAAUGUUGGACGUCAACAACAUGGUGACAUCAUCGCUUUUUUUUGGAAACAAUCAUAUUGAGACGAAGAAGCUGAAAAGAUGAGCAAAAAUGUUGACGGGCAGCAUUACACAGCUGGGACAGAAAUGCAUCAACAUGUUUAUGCCGACGUCGCUAAACAUGUUGACGGACGUCAAGCGUCAACACAACCCGUUGGAUCCCUCAGUAGCUAAUUAGCAAUUCGUCACUAAAGCCCAGACGACAACCUCGCGGGACCGCUGGCUGGCCGCCACCUAUGAGGCAACAUGUGACAAACCUUGACCUCAGUCGUGGCACUGACGCGUUUUGGGCGCAUUCUCUGACCGAUGUUGUUACAUGCACAUUAGAAUACACACAAGGACAGAAGAGGAUGGUUCUCGGAUGCACUUUAGGCCACAGAGACGCACACAAGGACCAACGAUGGAGCCAAUAAACAAGUCCAUGUUCAGCAUGUGUUGAUGACAUAACGAUGGCAACCUUAAGGCACUGUUGGACUCUUGUUGCUUUGAUCUUCCCUGGCGUCCAAUUGGAUUAAGCUCCUCCCCCUGGGGGGCUCAUUAUCCAUCAAGUCAAGGACGAUAUGACAAGAUCAACACUGGACAGAGACGAGGAAAACAAAUCAUUAAGCUAAGUCACCAGGGAUGGAUGGACAGAUGGACGGACGUGUCCUCUUGCUGAAGUCGAAUUCCAAUGGGAAAAUGAGAAUCAUGGUCCAGUUUAAGGUUGGAAAUAUUUUUCCAAACUAGGCGAGGACAGACACCAAAACACAGCUUGUGCACACUCGACAACCUUUAUUGAAAAACAAAAAUGCAAGCACUAAAAGAUGCAGCAGUGGCACCAGUCAGGAUGCAACACGAAGAAGUCAAACGGUGUCCUCAAAGGGUCCGUGCUGGUGAUGGCAAGACUGACUGGUUCAAGUCCAUGGAAAAAAGGUGACCAACUGACACAACAAAUCAAAGCCACCGUGUGACGCGAUCCUGUACUACAAAAACGGAACCCCUCGAACCAGUUCAGGAUAGGCGCUGUUGAAAAUUGAUGAAUCUACUGUAUGUGAAUAAGUGCUAUUAUCUAGUGGCGGAACAUGGACUUGCAAUCUAUCUGUAAUUGAGUACUAAUUCAAACACUUUUUUUCUCUGAAAUUAUUUUUAAUAAUCAAAUAAUUGUUAAUAUUUAAGAACAAUACUUCUUAUGUUGGUUUACAAGUAAAAGCAGUUACGUAACUUCUGAUUUUACGAAACCAAAAGUGGCCAAAUAAAUACACAAACCGCUUAAUAGCAUAAAUGUCUCAAGUGAUUUUCAUUGUACAUAUUUUAAUAAUCAUAAUACAUUAUCACAACUAUUAUAAAAUCUUGAAACUGCAAGGAAGCAGUAACCUGGGUCGAUCAGAAUCAAUGGAUGUCAAGCGGUCUAACAAUAUUCCAGUUCUGUUCUCGACAUUGAUGAACAUAGAUACAAUUCUAAUGUCGAAAACAACUAUUUUCUGACAGGGAGGUUACAUUUAAAGAAUUGGUUACUUAAAUGUCUAAAAUCACAGUUGGUGAGGAUUUCAAAAUGAAUCUCAAUCCUGCUGUUGUUCAAUGGCCAUCUGAUGUUCGCAAUAACAAUCAUGUUGCAAACUUUUUCUGGAGAGACGCUGUCGCCGUUGCCAGGGAUGGAGAACAGACACGUGGAUUUUGAUUGGAUAACAGCCGUGUUUAACAUCGGAUUGGCUGAAAUUAAAGUGCUUAAAAUAUAUAUUGCACCACUGCUUAACGUUUUAUUUGAAAAAUAAAUAUGUAACAUGAAAAAUAUAUCUGCAGUCAAUGUGUUCAGUUUUAAAAUCGUGUGAGGUCACAGUCGUUGAUGGGAAAAUGCCCACCUAUCAGAAAAGGAAUAGCCAUCUGUUGCUGGGCAGAUUAUGUUAAUAUAUGCAAUACGACCAUCGCUGCAGCUACCAUUCUGGGGUAAGAACAGCUUGUCUUUUUUCCAUAAAACGUCUUAAAAAGAGGGAUUUCCAACACCGAGAAGCGCCGAUCGAAUCGCAAGUAGCCUUUAGGAUACCAUUAGUAAAUGUUCGUUUGUUUUCGGGAGCGAAAGCGCCGUUUAAGAAGAUGAUUUUUGUCGCUAGUCGGCUCUUCGUCCAUGUCCUCGGACGCUGGUAGUCCCACCCAAAAUGGAGCCAGUCUUCCUUGUUCUGCACUCGCCUUGAAGGGCUGGGCUCGACAAACUAGCAUGGGGGGCGGCAUACUGCGGUGACGGCCGACCACCAGGAGGCCGGAUAGCCGUGUUGCCAUGGAAACAAAGCCAGAGCCUGCCACAGCGUGGACUGAGUCCACGAACACGGAUUCAACUGAGGCCACACAGGUUCAUUUCGAAGGUGGCGCAGUGGCCCAGAUAGUGUACAGCGGAGAUGGUGGGGAUCAGGCAGAGCGCGGACAGCAGCAGCAGGUGGUCUACACGGCCAACGGCAGCUCGUACACCUCGGUGGAGUCGGCCGAACACACGCUGGUCUACAUUCACCCUGCGGAUGGAACCCAGGCCGUGUUUGCAGAUCAACCUCAAGUUGCAUACAUCCAGCAAGAUGGCACGACUCAGCAGGUGGCAGUGUUGCUGCCAAGUGGCCAGAACAUGAACGCUGCCAGUCUACACGUCCUCAGCAAUGUGGCCGAUGCACCGCAGGCCACCCUGGAACCGGCCUCCCAGGAGCAGCUGUCAGUAUCCAACUCUCUAGCCUCUCUGGCCGACAUGGCCGACGCCCCAUCCAGCCCACUCGGGGCCAUGGACACCACGGACGAGUCUGACGAAGACAACGACGAUGAGGAUUCGGACAUAGACGACUGGGAGCCCCGUCAGCGCUUCAACCCUCACCACCUCUGGUGUGAGGAGUGCAACAACACAAACCCCUCGGAGUGUCUGAACCACGGGCCCCUUCACCCUAUCCCCAACCGCCCAGUGAUGUCCCGGGCCCGCGCCAGUCUCCCUCUGGUCCUCUACAUCGACCGCUUCCUAGGCGGGGUCUUCUCCAAGAGGCGCAUCCCCAAGCGCACCCAGUUCGGCCCCGUGGAUGGCCCCCUGGUACCCCAGAGCGAGCUGCAGGACAACUACAUUCACCUGAAACUUUGCGUGCUGGACACCCAGAAAGACAGCGCGAAAUCUGAGGACACGUGGCUGGACCUGUCUGACGAGGACAACUGCAACUGGAUGAUGUUCGUGCGGCCCGCCCAGAACCACCUGGAGCAGAACCUGGUGGCGUACCAAUAUGGCGCCGAGAUCUUCUACACCACCAUCAAGAACAUCGAGCCCAAGCAGGAGCUCAAGGUGUGGUAUGCAGCCUCGUACGCAGAGUUUGUCAAUCAGAAGCUUCACAGUGUGACAGAAGAAGAGAGAAAAGUUCUGCGGGAGCAAGAGAAGAACUGGCCGUGCUACGAGUGCAGCCGCCGCUUCGUGAGCUCAGAACAACUCCAGCAGCAUCUCAACCUGCACGACAACAUGAUCUACUCUGUUAGCAGGUCCAGAGGGCGUGGCCGAGCCAGAGGCAGGAAGCGAUUCGGGACAGGGAGGAGGCCGGGUCGGCCGCCAAAAUUCAUACGUUUAGAUACGCCAGUUGAAGAUGAAACGGAAAAGAUGACGGAGAUGCUGGAGCUGGCUGAGGCGCAACCACUGGACGAGCCGACGGAGGCGCCUCACAACGGCGUGGAGAUGACCGUGUCCGAGCCGGACGCCGAGACAGAUGGCCAAACGGUGUCCCCAGCGGCGGAGCCGUCCGCCGCCCAGCCCCCCAGAGUGGACGCGCCGCCCGCGGCCAUGGAGGAGCCCGCACAGAACGACCAGUCAGAUGCUCAGCUCUCCUCUCCGGAUGUGCGACGUCUGAAAAAGAUGCGGACGGAUGUACAGAAUGCGGCACUGCAGCCUCACUUCAUCCGCAAGAGGUUCCGUCCCUUUAAGUGCAAACACUGCGACAAGGCCUUCCGUGACAAAGAAAAGCUGGAGCAGCACCUGCGCGUGCACGGCCGCGACACCUUUGUCUUCCCGUGCCACCUGUGCAGCAAAACCUUUGUGACGGACACGGCGCUGGACGACCACCUGCUGGUGCACACCGAGAACCGCUCGUACGCGUGUCUGCUCUGCGCCGAGACCUUUGACAGGCUCGACGCGCUCAGGGACCACAUCGAGAUGCACGCCGUCGACGGCACCUUCACCUGCCCGUCCUGCAAGAAGACCUUUCCCGACUUCAUCCAGGUGAAGAAGCACAUCCGCUGCUUCCAUUCAGAGAAAAUCUUCCAGUGCCCCAACUGUGACAAGGCUUUCUGCCGCCCCGACAAGCUGCGCUUGCACAUGCUACGCCACUCCGAUCGCAGGGACUUCCUGUGCUCCACGUGCGGCAAGCAGUUCAAGAGGAAAGAUAAGCUGCGAGAGCACAUGCAGCGAAUGCACAAUCCUGAACGGGAGGCCAAGAAAGCCGAACGCAUCCAGCGCUCCAAAAGCCACAAAAUGAAGACGCCCACCACCGACUUUGAGAGCUUUAUGUUCAAAUGCAGACUGUGCAUGAUGGGAUUCCGACGCAGAGGAAUGCUGGUCAAUCAUUUGUCCAAGCGGCACCCUGAGAUGCGCGUGAACGACGUCCCCGAGUUGACGCUGCCCAUCAUCAAGCCCAACAGGGACUACUUCUGCCAAUAUUGUGACAAGGUAUACAAGAGCGCCAGCAAGAGGAAGUCGCAUAUCCUGAAGAACCACCCGGGGGCGGAGCUGCCGCCCAGCAUCCGCAAGCUGCGCCCGGCCGCUCCCGGCGAGCCCGACCCCAUGCUGACCACGCACACACAGCUGGCCGGCACCAUCGCCUUUGCGCCCGUCUGCUGCCCGCACUGUGCCAAGCAGUACAGCAGCAAGACUAAGAUGGUGCAGCACAUCCGGAAGAAGCAUCCCGAGUUUGCUCAGCUCGUCAACACCAUUCAAGCUCCCCUGGCGACUGCCGUCAUUAGCAGCACGCCGGCCAUCAUCAGCACCGACGGCGCCACCGCCGAGGCUGUUGUGACCACUGACCUGUUAACACAGGCCAUGACGGAGCUCUCCCAGACGCUGACUACCGACUACAGAACACCACAGGGAGACUACCAGAGGAUCCAGUACAUCCCCGUCUCCCAGGCUGGAAGCACCCUGUCCCAGCCGCAGCACAUUCAGCUGCCGGUGGGCCAGGUGGGGGUCCAGGUUGCGCCGGCUUCUUCCGCGCACUCGCAGCAGCAGACAGUGGACGUGGGCCAACUGCACGACCCGCACGGCUACAGCCAGCACUCCAUCCAGGUGCAGCACAUCCAGGUCACCGAGCCCUCGGCCUCCGGGCAAGUUGUCACUCAGGUGACGACGGGUCAGCCGCUGAGCCCCAACUCCCAACAGACCAAUCAGGAGCCAAGUCCUCCCCAGCUGACCCCUGUGACGCUGGCUCAGAACCAAGGUCUUCAGGACAGUGGUACUCCUCAGCAACAGCAACAACAACAACAACAGCAGGAGCAGCAACAGCAGCAGCAGGGAGCGGUGCAGCAUGCCUACAUACCUGGAAACUGGAACUACAGAGGCUACCCAGCCUCCGAGAUCCAAAUGAUGACACUGCCCCAUGCUCAGUACGUCAUCGCCGAGGCCACCACGCCGGUGACUGGAGCCAACAGCAACCAGGUGAAAACGACGCACUACGUCAUCUCUGAAGGUCAGACGGAGCUGGACGCCAAACCUUCGGGUCCCGUCAGCUCGGGUCCAAACCCUGGCGAACACUUGGAGCAAGCCACCACACAGUACAUCAUCACCACCACCACCAAUGGGAGCGGCGCCAGCGAGGUCCACAUCACCAAACCCUAAAUCCUCCUGAACUUUGAAACCCCUCGUUUCUAGUCCCCUCCCACUCCCAAUCCUGCCCAAUGGCAGGUUCUAAGCACGCGGGCUAAUUACAGAUGAAGACUCGCUGAAUUUACAGAAGACAAAAUAAUGAAGACCAGCACAGUUUUAUGUGUUUGUCAAGUGUUAUCUUCUUGUUCAUGUGCCACAUGCUGCUAGAUGUCAACAAAUGACGAAGUCUCAAAAUGAUUUGCAGCUUUUCGAACAUCAUGCCCUGCUUAAGUGCAAAGAAAAGCUUUUUAUGCGUUUGAAGUAACCAGAAAAGUCAUUUAUUUGUGAAUGAAAAUUGUGACAGAAAAUGAAAAUCUUCCAAUAUAAUGGCGCAGUUGUCAUGGUUUUGUUCCAAAAUGUUAGAUUAACAGUAUUCCCAAGCCAUAGCGCGGAAAUCUGGGCUUUAUAGCAAUUGUUUUCACAGUGUACAGGAAAAAAAA